AUGUUUCAACAAGCCCUUCCUGAGCUCGAGCUUCAACAUCCUCCUCAGGCCUCGCAUGCAGCCCACUUUUCUACGCGGGGAGGUCUAAGAGCUCCAACCUCCCCACUGAGGCAAUUUACAGCUCCGCCCGCCGACGACGAGCUGAACACCUUCGACAACAUCGAUCUCUCUGCCGCCAUCCCACCACCACCUUCUGUCUUGACCUCAAACGCGACUGCCUAUGAUCCACACGCCGACUUACCUUCCCCUCUCGAAGACUAUCCCCGAGCAGCUCGCAGCACCCACCAGCGCACUCUGACAGGCACAUUCCUCAACAACAGCCAGUCUCUGCUCACACGCGCAACGUCCACGUUACAGCAACAUACUUCCGCAGCAUCGAUUCGGUCGCAUUCGCCUUCCAAAUCGCUGGCUAGCUUCCUCCCUUCAAGGAGCGCAAUUGAUUCGACCAAGAGCUGGUUCAACGGAUCUUCCGCGCCUGUGAAGCUUGGUAUCCAACAGCAGGACGAAGACUCAGUUUCAGAGUCGGGCUCAGAGAUCGACUCUGAAUUCUAUUCAUCUGAUUCAGAGUCGGAGGGUGAAGGAGACGCAGAGGCUAACAACACCAUGAACAUCUUCAAUCGUAAGCCUACACACACGAGGGCAGCCUCAGAAACACCAGUCCGAUCCGAGCAGAUGGAAACACUGGCGAAGCCACAGCACCAGUCUCCUGCAAGUAGCAGGUUCGCGUGGCUGCUGUCAACACAGAAGAACGCUGCGGUGCCUUCACCUACCCCAGCGCCUACAUACCACAACGCCGAUGACGAGCUACUCAACCUAAACAUCUCGCAAGCUCUCUUUCCCCACGGCUCCGUUGACCCACUCGCACCGUCGUCCUUCAACGAUCUCCUUGCCAACGCUGAAGCCCUUCUCUCGCGUUACCAGAAAUCGUACCGCCAGCUGUCUACUGCCUUGGUCGAUGCGCACUCAGAACAAAGCGCGCAAGAUGACGAGCUUGACGAAGCAGAAACAAGAGCACGCCACCUGAAGAUGCAGCUCGAGACCAUGGCGGCCAAAGCGACCGAGCAGGACGAGCAGAUGCGGGUACUGAUGGAAGACCUUGCAUUCGAGCGGCACGCGAGGCAAGAGGAGGAAGCUGCGCGCAAGAGGAGCCUUGCACUCAUCAGGAGUCAGCCCCAGUGCAGCUGCCAGGAUACACCACGCCGCCGCAACCGCAUCUCAAACUCGGAACUCAGCAUCGACUCUGGCUUUGAGUCUGAUGCCGAAACAGAUGCCGCAAGUCUUUUCUCCAGAAACUGCCUCAGCCCAACAGGCACCGACCGAUCUUCUAUCCUCGAGGUUGAGGCUGAUGCCACACCAAAAAAUAAGAAGGUACAAAGCCUACAACGCGGUGGCACGUACGACAAGCCCAGAGGCGGGUCAGUUAGCGUACAGAGCUGGGGCUGCGCUAAUUGCGAAGGCGGCUCGCAGGCUUCUGUCUGGGGGCGGCUGAGCAAGGAGCGCGAGGAGAACCGGGUGCUCAGACACAGAGUAGAAGCGCUUGAGGAAGCCGUUGAGGGUGCCUUGGAUGCCGUCGGAGGACAGUGGGGUCUGCCUUGA